GUUCCAGUCGCGGUCGCCCGAGCCAGGUAAAGCGGAGCUCGGCGGGCGAGCGAGCGCGCGAUCCGAGAGGGCGUGACUCGCGAUCCCCGGGGGUCCGACCCGGCCUUUCCGGCUUCCUUGUGUCCCUGCAGAUUCCCAGCCAUGGGCAACACGAGCAGCGAGCGCGCCGCGCUGGAGCGGCAGGCGGGCCACAAGACGCCGCGGAGGGACAGCUCCGGGGGCGCCAAGGAUGGGGACAGGCCCAAGAUCCUCAUGGACAGCCCUGAAGACGCCGACAUCUUCCACUCCGAAGAGAUCAAGGCUCCAGAGAAAGAGGAAUUCCUGGCCUGGCAGCACGACCUGGAAGCGAAUGAUAAAGCCCCCGCCCAGGCCCGGCCCACCGUGUUUCGAUGGACAGGGGGUGGAAAGGAAGUCUACUUGUCUGGGUCCUUCAACAACUGGAGCAAGCUUCCCCUCACGAGAAGCCAGAAUAACUUUGUAGCCAUCCUGGACCUGCCUGAAGGAGAGCAUCAGUACAAGUUCUUCGUGGAUGGACAGUGGACCCAUGAUCCUUCUGAGCCAAUAGUAACCAGCCAGCUUGGCACAGUUAACAACAUCAUUCAAGUGAAGAAAACUGACUUUGAAGUAUUUGAUGCUUUAAUGGUGGAUUCCCAAAAGUGCUCCGAUGUGUCUGAGCUGUCCAGCUCGCCCCCAGGACCCUACCACCAGGAGCCUUACAUGUCUAAACCAGAAGAGAGGUUCAAAGCCCCGCCCAUCCUCCCGCCACACCUGCUGCAGGUCAUCUUGAACAAGGACACGGGCAUCUCUUGUGACCCAGCACUGCUUCCGGAGCCCAACCACGUCAUGCUGAACCACCUCUAUGCACUCUCCAUCAAGGAUGGAGUGAUGGUGCUCAGUGCAACACACCGGUACAAGAAAAAGUAUGUCACCACCCUCCUCUACAAGCCGAUAUGAGGGAAUGAGAGGCAGCCAUGGACCACAGGGAUGGCAGGCGGUGCUGGGCUCUCCGUGUGCAUGCACAUCCUCACUCACUCUGGGACAUCUCACCCACCCUAGUCCUCCUUGAAGGUCUGUCCAGGCAUAGCCAAAAAUAGGGAUGGCACGGCCGCCUGCAGCCCCAGCAUCGCAGUGCACGAGGCUUUGUGCUCUACGCAUCAUCCCCUCUGCUGGCCAGAGAUGUCUACAGCCAGACCCGAACCUGGGGAGCAGGGACAGAAGCCACACAGAAGUCCUCAUCAUCGUUUGCCUCCGUGAGGCCGCUGGCCUGUCCCUGGUGAGGCCUGGCUGGGGAGGAAAGCAGUGUUGGGUCUUGCCUGUCCUUCUGAAUCAAAGCAGUAGAUUGUAGAUCCUAUGGAAAUUCAGUGUCUGAUUUCCGGAUGCAGCUUUGCAAUCGUUUCCCGACACUGUGUGCACUAAGACCUCUUUAACCAGAGUGGCUGGCUGGCCACUCCUACGUAAGGCAAUAAGUCACCAGGAUGAGACUAGAGAUCAUGUGACUACACUCAGCAAUAAUCACUCUCAAGACAGACUUCAAACCCCACUGCCAUUUCUCCAUUAAGCCAGAUGAUCCUGAGGACCGACCACUGCAGAAAGUCGGCUACACCUUAUUUCAGUUGCAAUGUUGGCCACAUUACCAUGGCAACCUGGUCGAAGCACCCACCCUCCUUUUAGUUCCAGCAUGUGCUCCUCAGCUGGGGACCUGCAUCUCUAGUGAGCAGAGAGUAUCACGGUGGUUGCUGUUGCUUGUUCCAAAAGAAGAGCUCGGAACCCUACAGCAGACUGCUGGGUUUCCAGCAGGGGAGCAGGAAUGAACCUAUCUUAUACUCCAUCUGGUUUCCAUGGUGACAUCACAGCUGUGCCCAUUGGGACAAGGUCCUGUCACCUGUCAGCAGAGGCAGGCACAGUAUUUGGUUAAGCCUGAGUUUUGGGUACCUUUUGUUACUGUUUUCAAAACCCUGACUUGCUCUUAUCUUGAUGUACAAGUUUCAAUAAAGCUUUGUAAAAAUUA